UCCCACCCUAACCUAGAAAUGCAAAUCGGUUGACUCCUUCCGUUGACUCGAAGGUUUAUUUUAAGUAGAAAAUAAAUUGUAAAAAUGGCUGGAGCUUCGAAAAAAUCGAGGAAGGUCUCAAAACCUGACUCUGGUGAAGAAUAUCAAAGUGACGAAUCUGGAAGUUACCAUGGACAACAAGAAAUCCAAGCGACUUUUGAAGGCCGAAAUCCAGAAGGACAAGAUUUUCACGGCAUUAAACAAUUACUUAAUCAGUUAUUUUUAACUACACAUAUUGAUUUGGGCCAAAUGAGUGAUAUGUUGAUUUCCCAAGCUGGAAUUGGAUCUGUUUUGAAGCAAAGUUUUAAUGAUAGUGACGAUGAGGAAGAUAUGGAAAUGGUGGAAGAGUCUGAUGUAUUUGGUAUCACCAGUGUUAUCAAUCUAACACAACAUAAGGAAACACCUUGUGUUCAGCAACUGUACAAGUUAGUUGAAGACGAAAUUAUGAAACAGGCAGAUCCUCAAACUAAAACCUCAUUUAAAGAAAUUUUGGAAAAGAAUUCGAACAAAAUAGGUUUUAUUAUUAAUGAAAGAUUUGUUAAUAUACCAUCAAAAAUUUCCCUUCCAAUGUUACAUGCAUUACAAGAUGAAAUACAUAGGAUGGGAAAGAAAAAUGACAGUUAUAAAUUCGAUUAUUACUUAAUGAUUUGUAAAACUUGGAAAUCUAAAACCGAUAAUAAUGAAACUGUAUUUUCAAAUGACGAAGAAGAAAUCUUCUGUAAGAAAGCUGAUUGUUCAUUUAAUUACAGUGUGGUUGGAAAAACUGAUACAGGAUUGACGGGGAAUUGGCAGAGUGAAGAUAAGGAAUUAAUUCCACACAGAGCAAUAAUCUUAUUCAAAGCGGAUAAACUUCCAAGUAUUAUAAGUGAAAUACAACAUUUUGUAUCAAGUUAGGCUAAGAAUAAAUUUUUUACAACGGCAAAUCGUAUUUUUUAUUGUAAACUC